AUGGACAACCUCCAAGCGGCAUUCCUGGACGAGGAGAUCGCUCACCUACUCCACGAGAAGGCAAUCCACCUGCUCGGCCUAGGAGAGAAGGCGAUGAUCUCCCCCCUCGGCGUGGUCACGAAGAAGAACAGCAAGUUCUGGCCGAUCGUUGACAUGCACUUCAUCAAUGAAUUCUUCAACAUGCCCAAGUUCAAGUUCAAGGGACUCAACGAACUGGCGACAAUGGUGUGGGCCAACACCAGAGGCUGGUCGGCCAACGCUGUCAACGUGCUGACCGCGGCACUGGCCACAUCAACGUGGCGCAAGUAUCAUGGCACUCCCAUACUUCAACGCCGUGAGCCGAGCCUCAACCAACAAGAAGCUCGUCGUCCCCGUCAUCGGCUACAAGAACAACCCCUGGGAGAGGGCAACACAGUCACCAUCUUCCAAUCAUCAGACGAACGAUGCUGCCCCAUCACAACGUUCAAGGACUGGAAGACGCGCACACGCGCCAUCCGCGCCAGCGCACGCGACUGCCGACUCCUCUUCACACUAGAAAGCCCCACCGCCAGCUUCGUCCAGACGACACGGGAAGCGGGUCUAGACGUCGCAAUCUUCACACCGAAGACCUUCCGCAAGACGGGUGUACGGACCGGCCUCGACGCCGGCAUCCAACCAGACGCCAUCCUCAACCUGGGCGGAUGGGCAAGCGCCAAGACGUUCUGGCACCACUACAUCUCAUGCUCCAUUCCUGACAACUACACCGACCUCAUAUUCAACAUCAACUCCCCAUCGCCACCACCGUGA